AUGGACGACUUGUUCGAGGGCUACAUGGUGCUUGACGCGAUAGGCGACUUUCUUGACGACCACUCUCUGACCGAUCGUACCAAACAGCCCGUAACAACACCACAGUCGCAACCUGGUGCACAAACCUCUACCGGCUCGCUCACGCCCAUAUCUGGUCCAGCUCGGAAUAGCCAAGGCGAGGCUCCGAAAGGCGCACGAAAACGACGAGGGCACAACAAGAGCCGUCUAGGCUGCAUCCCUUUCGUCUGCAGAUAUCCAGAUGUAUUUAAACAUGCACAGCACGAGCUUCCCAGGCCCAAGCCGCCGAGUCCACGCCAAAUUGUCCAGCUAUCGGAUAAGCCCAUCAUGUAUAGUCCAGACGAUAUGCAACUCUUUCAUCACUACCUCACUGCCGCAUAUCCUUGCAUUCCGAGCAACAACGAGCAAGUCUGGACUCGGCAUAUUCCUCUCAAAACUUACCAGUAUCCUUACCUCAUGAAUGCUAUGCUCGCUUUAGCAGGAUCCCAUCUUGCCAUCCAGAUUGAAAAUCCAAACAACCGCCUGGCACUUUGGCAUAGACAGAAUGCCAUCAUAGGGCUAGAGGAGGCCUUUGCCCGAUGGCCACCGUCUCCAGACGAAUCUCACGUCAUGUUCGCAGCAUCCUUCUUGUUAUCCCUACAAUGCAGUUACCUGAACGACGGCUUCUUGGAGCACUUCAUCUCCUUGAGAGGGUGCUCCCUACUGUCUCAACUCAUCGUUGCCGAAGGGUUCAACGGCCCUUUUGUAGAACAAAAAGGUGUAGACCUAAUACCCGUCGACACAGCAUCACACCAAUACUUCGGGGUCGGUCAAGAUAUCCUUCGUGAAGCCUUGCUAUCCCUCAAAGGUUUUUCAAAGUUGAUGACCCCAGACGUCCACCCCAUUGAGAAAGCCGUCGUCGGACAAACCGUACUAACACUUCGAUAUCUACUUUGUCCUGAUGCCCCGCCAGAAGGCAGAGGAACGACAGUGCCAAACAUCCAAGGCACCACCGAUCCUUCGCAAUCGACCGAGCCCCUGAAAUCAGUUGCUUCCACGAACCCCUUACUCCCAUCUAGCAUGGCAGACGUAUUCCACGAAAUCGACUGGGAUAACAUCACCACAACGCCCGCUGGCGCCCCUUCCCCCCUUCGCUCCUUCCAAGGAAUGAUGGCAAUCCUGACCAUAUUCGCUACCUGGCCCCAAGAGGCCCUCAUCCACAUCUUCGACUCAAAUAAUCGCCUCGGCAACAUCAUCCUUGCGCACUUUUCCGCCAUCCGCUUCAUACUCGCGCCAAUGACGGCACAGCAGAGUGCGUUGCGGACCCCGGCACGGGCAAUUGUACAGUGGUCAGCCAAGAUCAUUGCCGUCAUUGACGACUACGACAAAGACGGAGAGUGGUCUCAUUACGUGGAGUGGCCGAGGAAAAUCCUCAAGUGUGUGGAACGGGGUCUUGAGACGCAUCGCGGGUUCACCAUGGGCGACGUACGAGAUUUGUUUUUGCGCGACCCCGGUGUAUUCAAGGAGGGACGAGCACCAAGGGGUUGGAAAAAAAAGAAUACCGGUUCUUCUUCUCGUAAAAAAGAACUUACACAUCUCUCACCACAUCGUCGUCCAAAUCCUCUCUAG